UCUUCUAUUGGCUAUCAGCUUUUUUUUGGACUUUCGGCUUGUUGGUUGGCACGUCAAAAGCAAACAUGGCAGCCUCCUUGGAAAGCAUCCCGAAAGAUCUGCGGAAUCUCAGAGCAUGUCUUUUGUGUUCAAUGAUCAAGACUUUCGAGCAGUUUGAAUUCGACGGAUGUGACAACUGCGAUGAAUACCUUCACAUGAAGAACAACAGGGACAUGGUGUACGACUGCACGAGCUCAAACUUUGACGGCAUGAUUGCUCUGAUGAAUCCUGAGGACAGCUGGGUGGCCAAGUGGCAGAGAAUCAGCCGCAAGGCCAAGGGUAUCUACGCCAUCUCGGUGUCCGGCCGGCUUCCGAUGGCUACGGUGCGUGAGCUGAAGAGCAGGGGAAUUACCUACAAGUCACGUGACACCAGCACGGUGUGAUUGUCCUGAACGAGGG